GUCUGUCCGGUCUGUUUUUACCUGUGGGACUGUCACUUUAGCAGCACCUGGGACUUAAUAUUCCUCUCUUUGAGUAGCUCACACACUCUACUACUCCCUUGUGUCUCCCUCCCCAGACCUGUGGACUAUGCCCCCUUCAGUCAGCUGAGGGAGGGGGCUCUGCACUGCUCAGGCUCCCAUCUGGAGAAGGCAAAGAGGAGACGGUUAGGUUAUUGCUGAAGAUGCAAGCUUCAACUGUCUCACCUGUGACCAACACUACAGUACCUUCAAAUACAGCCACUGUCACAAAGUCCAAAGAACAAAUACUCAUCCAAAGUUCUGGGGCUAUGAUCGCUGUCAUUGUCAUAGGUAUCAUCAUCAUUCUCACCAUUCUACUGCUCAUCCUGAAGACAUACAACAGGCGGACACAUGCGUCCAGAGUCCUGGGAGCCAGUGGUGGCUCCAAACCUCGUCCGAAGAUGUCGCAAUCCACUGGUCAGAGCAGCGUGCCGCUGAGCACCAUGGGAGUCAACUCUGUGUCAGGCAGCAUCGCCAAUUCAAACCCGGCCACAGAGAAUGGCUUCCAACUGCCCAGAGUGGAGCUGAGCAGCGUGGAGGGAAACCACAUAGAGCAGUUCAGCACCACCAGCGGCUCCACUGUGGUCACCAUACAUGACACUCCAUCAUUAGGAAACACAUAGCAAUAUAGCAGGCUAGCCUCACAACAGGCAUUGACUGACGUGCUGUUGUCAUCCGUGAACACAUACUGUGUGCUGACUGAAUCCUGUGGAAACUCAAUCUGUGACAUCAGUGCUGUCACUGUAAAUCUCCACCAACUGAGCCACUGCUGGUGACUACAUGGAUACGUACAAACGUACAAAAAUAUACAACAUGAACAAAAUGGUACCAGAAAGAGACACAGUGGAUUGCAUGAAGGAUGUUGCAUGACAGAAAACUGAGACUUUUUUGUGAAGUGUUGCUUUUAGGCUACAGUCAGUGUUCAGGGUAUAGAUGCCUUAAGUUUCUUACUGUUUGUACUAAUACAAUGAAGAAAAUAUGUAGUAAAGACUGUAAUGGCUUGACAAUGUUGGUCUUAAGUGUGUACAUUUCUGUAUUAAGGAGAACCAUAUAGGUUCAGGAGUAAAUGUAGAAUUACAGUACAAGACAAAGAAAAUAUGGUAGAGGGUAACUCGGCGUGUAAUGGCACCAGUAUGAUUGAGGAAAUAUGUUGAUAUUUUGAUCAGCAACAAAAUCUGGUUCUCCUUGCAUCAUACUGUCUUUGUCUUCUGCCCACAGAUUCUGUCAGAUUAGUUUUUGUUUGUUGUUUAAGAAAUCUAUAAAAUGCCAAUGUGUUUUUUACAAUGUAGAAUGAAGAAACCACAAAGAUAUUUUGUUAAACAUCUGGGUGUAUGUCUAACACAUUGACAUGAAUCCUUUUUAAUUUGACGCCAAAGGAUUUUGCACUUUAUUUUCAUUGCUCCCUGUAUUUGUAUUGUUUGUG